AUGUUCCGGUCAUUAUACGCGGCAUGUUCAGCGCAGCACAGAACUGAGCAUGGGCUCAAUAUCGCGCUCCGCUAGAGAGGACUCCCAAAACUACAGCGGUGUUUAGGUCCAUAUGAUCUUGUCCGAUGCUUGGUGGACGCUCAGUGUCAGCCACACUCUUUAGUCUGUACAUUUUGCACUGCAGUUUUAGUUCACUGCGUGAUGUGUAUAAGCGGUUAAUCUUAUCGCGCGUGUUGUGAUUCUGUUCCACGUGCCUACAUGUCUGACCUUGAUAAGCAGCGCCGCCUAACUGUGUAUAAGAUCGCGCUGUAGGUGGUUCUGAGUCUUUUGUACUUGCUACGUGGCUCCGAGCUGUCGGGCCAUGAUGUGCCGAAAUUAAAGAACCUCUUGUUGGAUGUUCCAAGUGUUCCGUGUGACUAUGGACAUACACAACAUAUAUGGCGACGAGCUGGUGGAGCGGUACAUCUGGCAUCAUGAACGUUUGGUCUGCAAAGGAUAUUCUUCAUGAACACUAGUGACAGCAAGGGUUUGGUUCAGCAGCAGCCGGAGCCAGUUCCGACAAGCAGCAGUAUGGCUACAGUGUAUCUUCGGCUCGAAGAAGGGGAUACCGACGAUCGCCGCAGCGAGGAUUCAAAGAUGGGCAAUCUCGCUUUCUGCGUACGACUACAUCAUCAAACAUUGUUCUUCGGAAGAAAACAGUGCGCCUGACUACUUUUCCAGACUUCCACUCCAGACAACGCGACAAAACUUCCGGGAUGAAGUGGAUUCGUUUUUCACGCUUUGGCUCGACACUUUACCAGUUACCAGCAAGGACAUCGCAAGAGAAACGACGAAAGAUCCUCUCCUUUCCCGAGUACUGGAGCACACCAUGAUUGGCUGGGCAGCUGAAAUUAAGGAUCCAAGCCUGAAGCCCUUCUUUCAACGCCGGAAUGAAUUGUCCGUACAGCAACGGUGCCUCAUGUGGGGUCUUCGAGUGGUAAUACCGCUGAAGCUGAGGAACAGAAUACUAGAUGAACUACACAGCAGUCACCCUGGAGUAAUCAGAAUGAAAGAACUGGCACGUAGCUUCAUCUGGUGGCCGCAUAUAGAUACGGAUAUUGAGACAAGAGUACGGAAUUGCGACGACUGCCAACGUCACCGUAGCGAGCCUGCUGCAGCCCCUGUACAUCCAUGGGAGUGGCCAACCCAACCAUGGGAACGGAUCCACGUAGACUUUGCGGGACCUUUCCAGCACCACAACUUUCUUGUUGUAAUGGACGCACAUUCGAAAUGGCCAGAGGUUUGGCCCAUGUCGUCAACAGCGACGUCAGCAACAGUGGAAAAGCUACGGGACUGUUUCAGCAGGUACGGCAUUCCUGAGACUAUUGUUUCAGACAACGGUCCGCAAUUUCGGUCUGAAGAGUUUAAGUCCUUUCUGCGCAACAACGGAGUUCGACACAUAACAUCGGCUCCGUAUCAUCCGUCUACGAACGGUCUUGUGGAAAGAUUUAUACAGUCGCUCAAGCAAAGUUUGAAGAAGAAUCCGGUAGGUCCUCUUCACCUGAGGCUCUACAAUUUCCUACUUGCAUAUCGUACGACUCCACACGCUACGACACGGGAAUGCCCAGCAACAUUAAUGAUGGGGAGACGAAUUAGGACACGUUUGGACUUGGUGAAACCGUCAGUAUUGUCUGAAGUACGUCACAAACAAUUCAAGGGAAGUCUCCACCGACGUUCAGUGGUGCGUAACUUUUGUGAAGGACAAAGGGUGCGUGCGCGAAAUUAUCGCGGGCUUCCGAAGUGGUUAUCUGGUGUUAUUGUGAAGCAGACAGGCCCAGUGUCUUUUGUUGUACGAGUUGCUACUUCCAGGGGCACACUUCUGUGGAGAAGGCACCAGGAUCAACUUCUGGAUGCGGAGCAGGGCGUUCCACCUGGAACUACGUCCUCCGAAGAAUUGUGGUGGGAUUCACCUUUAACUGCUCCGGGUGAUCGCAGCAACACUUCUGUCGUCGACGCAACGCAGCCAUCUUCAUCGGGAGAAGGGUGCCAAGGAGCCCAUUCAGUUUCAAACGGUGAAAGAAGAUACCCGCAGAGAAUGCGGAAACCGCCAGACUUUUAUCGCUCAAGUUAAAGUAUCUCGAUUAUCGUUUUUUGUCAUAAAAGUGUAUAGUGUGGCAUCACUACUAUUUUUAAACUUCGAAGUAAGAUGUUAUAAUUGAAGAUAAACUACUUAACAUUAACUUAACAUUAAGAAGGGAGGAAUGAUGUGUAUAAGCGGUUAAUCUUAUCGCGCGUGUUGUGAUUCUGUUCCACGUGCCUACAUGUCUGACCUUGAUAAGCAGCGCCGCCUAACUGUGUAUAAGAUCGCGCUGUAGGUGGUUCUGAGUCUUUUGUACUUGCUACGUGGCUCCGAGC